CUCACAGUCCAAGCAGUUCACUCCAGACAGACAUUCAUCAUGCAGAUCAGCGCCACCACUCUCAUUUCGCUCUCCCUCCUCGCUGUUGCCUCGGCACAGAAUGUUGGAACUCUGACCGCCGAGACCCACCCCAAGCUCACCUGGCAGAAGUGUGCCGCCGGCGGAACCUGCACCAACCAGGCCGGUUCCAUCGUCCUCGAUGCCAACUGGCGUUGGCUGCACACCAACAGUGGCUCCACCAACUGCUACACCGGUAGCGCUUGGGACGCCACUCUCUGUCCCGACCCAGUCACCUGCGCCACCAACUGCGCUGUCGAUGGUGCCAACUACUCUGGCACCUACGGUAUCACCACCAGCGGCAAUGCGCUCACCGAGAAGUUCGUCACCAAGGCCAGCACCGGUACCAACGUCGGAUCGCGUGUCUACCUCAUGGACACCACCGACACCAAGUACGAGCUGUUCUACCUGAAGAACAAGGAGUUCACCUUCGAUGUCGACGUCUCCAAGCUUGGCUGCGGUUUGAACGGUGCCCUCUACUUCGUCGAAAUGGACGCCGAUGGUGGUCUGUCCAAGUUCCCCACCAACAAGGCUGGUGCCAAGUACGGAACCGGUUACUGUGAUGCUCAGUGCCCUCACGACAUCAAGUUCAUCAACGGAGAGGCCAACGUCAUCGACUGGAACCCUUCGGCCACUGAUGCCAACUCUGGCGGUGGUCGCUACGGAACCUGCUGUCCCGAGAUGGACAUCUGGGAGGCCAACUCGAUCUCGAACGCCUACACUCCCCACCCCUGUACCACCGACGGACAGUACCGUUGCGACGGUACUGAGUGUGGUGAUGGUGACGACCGUUACGCCGGUGUUUGCGACAAGGACGGAUGUGACAUCAACCCCUACCGCAUGGGCAACCUCAACUUCUACGGACCUGGCUCCAGCAACACCCUGAACACCAACACCAAAAUGACUGUCGUCACUCAGUUCGUCACCGCCGACGGCACUGACACCGGCACGCUCACCGAGAUCCGCCGCAAGUGGGUCCAGAACGGUGUCGUCAUCGACAACAAGACCGUCAACAUUCCCGGUGUUACCGGCAACUCCAUCACCGACAGCUUCUGUGCUGCCCAGAAGAGCGUCUUCGGCGACACCAACGACUACUCGAUCAAGGGUGGUAUGGCCGCUAUGGGCGAGUCCCUUGGACGCGGUCACGUUCUGGUCAUGAGCAUCUGGGCCGAUUACGCCGUCAACAUGCUCUGGCUCGACAGCAACUGGCCUCUCGAGAAGCCCGCCACCGACCCCGGUGUCGCCCGUGGUACUUGCGCGACCACAUCCGGCAACCCCGACGACGUCAUCGCCGAUGCCCCCGACUCCCAGGUCACCUACUCCAACAUCCGCUUCGGCCCUAUCGGCUCCACUUACGGCUCCACCACCACGACUCCUUCCGGCGUCUCCAGCGCCGCUCCGGCUGCCUCUUCCACCGCCGCCGCCGGUGGUACCAUCGCCAAGUACUCGCAGUGUGGUGGUCUCAACUGGUCCGGCAGCGGAACUUGUGUCUCCGGAACCACCUGCUCCGUCAUCAACGCCUACUACCACCAGUGCUUUAAUUUUCUGCCUCGCCGUCUUCAACUUGUUGCUGCUUCCGAGCGCGAGCUUCACCUUCGCUGCCCGUUGAAACUUCAGUCUCAAUUUCCGAGUGAUCAAGCCUCGUAUGAGACCGCCCUCAAGAAGAGGCCGCGGGAUCACCUACGAGACUAUCACUUAUCAUGCUGGUGAACACAUCGGUGUUGGCGGCAAGACGGGAGCAAUCCGGGACCUUUACGCGUCCCCCGGCGGUCCGCUAUUAUCUCCAGCACGCGAACACGAGCCGUCUCUGGUGGAUUGGGCAGAAGAACGAUCUGAAGCGGAAGCUUGAGGAUAUUACCGGUCGGGAUACGCAGUUUGCCGACAUUUAUGACUUCUUUAGGCCUGUGGAGUAGAAGAACGUUCCCUCGACUUUACACCGGAUAUGAAGGGCUUUCCUCGAUCACUCCUAGUCAGUGAGGCAAUGAGCAUCUAUGGUAGAGUAAUGUGCUACGGAUAUACGCACGAAGUGAAGAUAGGGGGGAAGCAAAAAAGGUAGAGAGAUGGAUAUAAUGAUUAAUCCGGGA